GCCUCUGUGUGGUUGGAGCCUUGCAGACUCCAGGCAGAAGGAAGUGACAGGUGCCCACAGGCUGUGUGUACAGCACAGUCCCAUGUAAAUGUAUGUAAUACGAAAGACAGAGGAUUGUUCCUUGGAUAUUGUUACAAUUGAAAAAACAAUGAGUAGCCUGUUUGGUCCUUGAAACGUAGUUAGGAAACCUAUGCACGACCGUGUUCCAUUCAUGUGAAAAGCAGAUAUCUCCUGUGAUCACUAAAUACCUGACGUACCUACACUGUAUGGGGACAUUGUAUGCAUGAAGGUGGGACUAGCGCAAUAUCCAGAUGAAUAAACUCACUGAUCCCUGCUCCUUCCUAUAGGAAAAAGAUGAUUUUGCUUCCUCAGCAGCAAAGCUGGUGUAUGAGUUCUUGUUGAAUUAAACAAUUAAAGAAGAAGAAGAAGAUGACAUCUCUGUCUGUGUUCCUUGAUAUUCCUAAAACUCCUAAGGAAAUUGAAAAACUACAGGAAGAGGCUUUUCUCACAGACACAGAUGACAGAAAAGUUAUCCUCCAGCGAAGAGACGUUCCUCUUUGUUGCACAGAACUUGUGUCUGAUGACGGUCAGCCCUGGGUUCCACCGCCAGUGAGGAGAGUGUAUCUACAGAUAAUCAGUGACCCAACACGAAAUUAUGAGCCUCAGCCAAUAACGGGAUCUACAGAGUUUAUCCGAGGAGUUACAGAACUUGCUCUUGGGAAGAACAGCAAGGCUAUCCUGGAAAACAGGGCAAGUGGCAUACAAACAGUAGGGAGCACCGGCGCUUUCAGAGUAGGUGCGGAAUUCCUCAGACGAUGGUAUAAUAUAAAUGGGAAAGUGUCAGCCUGCAUUCCCCUACCCGCUUAUGACUGGUACCUUCGGACAUUUGAAGCUGCUGGUGUAACAGAUAUCUGUCCUUACCGGUUUUGGGACAGCAAAAAUAUGAGCCUAGCACUGCCUGAGAUGCUAGAAGAUCUGCAGAACUCUCCUGACUUUUCCGUUGUUGUGCUGCCAACAUCCUGCAAUCCAACUGGAAUACAGCUUGCCAACAGUGAGUGGAAGCAGAUAGCAGAUAUAAUGAAGAAAAAGAACAUGUUCCCGUUUUUCCACCUGGCAGCUCAGGGUCUGGCCUCCGGGGACCUCGAGGCAGAUGCCUGGCCUCUGCGGUACUUUGUAUCUGAAGACUUUGAGCUGUUCUGCGCCCAAUCAUUUUCCGCCAAUUUUGGAUUGUAUGGCGAGAGCGUUGGGAACCUGCUAAUAGUUCUGAGGAACAAUGAAGUUGUUAUCAGAGUGCGCUCUCAACUGGAGGCUCUUGUGCAAGGAAAAUGGUCAACACCACCAGCUAUAGGAUCAAGAGUGGUAGCGACAGUCCUUAAUAAUCCGACUUUGUAUGCAGAAUGGAAGGACAGCCUUAAGACGGCAGUAAUACGCCUCCUAAUUAUCAGAGAGAAGAUGAGGGAGAGGAUGAGACUCUUAGGAACAUUGCGAUCUUGGGAGCACAUCACCAAGCAGGGCGGCCUGUUUGCUAUCACUGGAUUAACCUCGGAUCAAGUGGAUUUCCUGGCUAAGAAAAAACACGUAUACUUAUGUAUAAACGGACAGAUUAAUAUCUCUGGAUUAAAUGCAACCAACCUGAAUUAUGUCACACAGUCUAUAAAUGAUGUUAUUCUAAAGGGUAUGACAUAACUACUAUCAGUAUUGUGGACAAAGAAAAUCUGGUUUUAAUAAUAUUGGAAAUUAACGAUUCUAAUUCUUGUAAAUGUUUCUAACUGGACAGAUAUACAAAUGAGCUGUACAGCCUAUUAUUUCUAUCAUAAUAAGGAUGCACUGACCCUACCAGUAAUAAAUUGAAGCCUACAUAAAGACGUAAUUGAAUUAGAGAUUUAUAAAGCUGGGCAUACUCUAUACAA